ACGCUCUGGUGUUUUACGGCAUCCAGGCUCACUUUACGUUAGUCGUAAAGCAAUGGGCUAGCUUGGAAUAAUGAUAUGAGAUAACUGAAGAGUGUAACGUUACUUUACAGAACUUUGUCCGUCUCAAGCUGUUAAACCACGAUUUACCUAAAUAUUUCAAAUUAGCCAACAUAUUACCCGCCACCUCCUCUCAGUGAAUAGUUUUCUUUAUACCCGGUGUCCUUCUGAGAGGCGAAAACAGCGACGGGAGACUGUGAGGUGGAAUUGCAUUUAGCCAGUCAUUGCCAUGGCCUCCGAAAGCGGCGACAGCAGCAUGGAUAGAGAAAUGAUCCUGGCCGACUUUCAGGCUUGCACAGGAAUUGACAACAUCGCAGAGGCUAUCACUCUGUUAGAACUUAAUAACUGGGAUUUAGUGGCAGCCAUAAACGGAGUGAUACCGCAGGAAAAUGGGAUCUUACAGAGUGAAUAUUCCAGCGAGGGGAGCCAGGCCACCAUGUACGGACCCCCGAGCCAGUCAGAAGCAAACGAAGCAGCAGCUGCAAGUGCCGUUCCUCCCCCUUCUUCAUCGUCUGCAUCCUCCUCUCCCCCGUCAUCCUCGGCAUCAGCUUUCUGCCCCGUCAACCCCAACUCCCGACACAUCGUAGAGCGCCAGCCGCGGAUGCUCAACUUCAGGGUAGAGUACCGGCAGUGCUCUGUGGAGCUGGUGCUUGAGGAGGGCAGCACAGUUGGUGAAAUGAAACAGAUCCUGGAGACAGAGCUUGCUGUUCCAGUGUCCAAGAUGCAGUUGAGGGGAUGGAAGAGUGGAGAAGUGUCUGAUAGUACGGUGCUGAAAAGUCUACACCUGCCGAAGAACAACAGCCUGUACGUCCUGACCCCCGACAUCGCCCCAACAGCAAGCACCAGCAAAAACAGUGCUCUUCAAGAGUCAUUAAACCAGAACUUCCUACUGGUCAUUAGUCACCGUGAGGCUCAGAGAGACUACAACCUCAACUUCCCAGGCUCCAGAACCAUACAGGAGGUGAAAAGGAACGUUUCAGACUUGACCAACAUCCCAGUCCGGCAUCAGCAGUGGGAGGGGUGGCCUGCAUCAGCAUCCGACGACUCCAUGACGUUGGCACUCUCUGGGAUCAGCUAUCCCUGCCACCACCUCAGUGUUUGUCGAAGGUCCUCACCAGCCAACGCCCAGGAGCCCACAGAAGAGUGUGCAGAUGUCCAUAUGAUCAGUGACAGCGAGGGGGAUGAGUUUGAAGAUGCGUCAGAAUUUGGCGUGGACGACUCUGAGAUGUUUGGGACGAGCUCCACAGGCUGUCGGAAGUCACCUAUGAUGCCCGAGAAUAGUGAGAAUGAAGCGGAUGCCUUACUUCACUUUACUGCCGAAUUUUCCUCAAGGUAUGGAGAGACCCACCCAAUGUUCUUCAUUGGAUCUUUGGAGGCAGCAUCUCAAGAAGCCUUUUAUGGCAAAGCCAGAGAUAGAAAGCUGCUUGCUAUCUACCUCCACAACGAUGACAGUGUUCUCAGCAACGUCUUCUGCUCCCAAAUGAUGUGUGCCGACUCCAUUGUCUCCUACCUGAGCCAGAACUUCAUCACGUGGGCCUGGGACGUCACUAAAGAAGCUAACAAAGCCAGACUACUCACCAUGUGCACGAGGCACUUUGGGAGCGUGGUCACACAGACUAUACGGACAUACAAGACAGACCAAUUCCCCCUGCUCCUCAUAGUUAUGGGAAAACGCACAUCCAACGAAGUUCUAAAUGUUAUUCAAGGUAAUACGACGGUGGAUGAGCUGAUGAUGAGGUUAAUGGGAGCGAUGGAGAUUUUCACAGCACAACAGUUAGAGGACAUCAAAGAUGAGGACGAGCGUGAGGCGAGAGAGAUGGUGAAGAGAGAACAGGAUGAAGCCUAUCGUUUGUCAUUAGAGGCUGAUCGCAAGAAGAGAGAAGCUCAAGAGAGAGAAGAGGCAGAACAGGUGCGCCUGGAACAGAUGAGGAAGGAGCAGGAGGAAGAGAAGGAGGCGAUCCGUUUGUCACUGGAGCAGGCCCUACCUCCAGAACCCGACGAAGAGUCAGGAGAGCAGAUCAGCAAACUGAGAAUUCGGACACCAAGCGGAGAGUUUUUGGAACGGCGUUUCCUUGGGAGCUGUAAGCUCCAAGUCCUCUUUGACUUUGUGGCCUCUAAGGGAUACCCCUUCGAAGAAUUCAAGAUCCUUACAACCUUCCCUCGUAGAAAUAUCACCCAGUUGGAGCCAGGAUCAUCUCUGCUGGAGGCCAAGUUGUUUCCUCAGGAGACGCUCUUCCUGGAGGCUAGAGAGUAGGAGCUGGCCCUCCCACGCCCAGAGGACCCGCUGACUGACUGAACUGGCUGGACGCACACUAGUCACUGAGCAUGGCCCCCUCCCCACAAUCUGGGCCUACAGUACUCAACACACACACACACACACACACACCAACCUCUCAGACACACACACUCACACUGGCAUGCACAUCCAGUGACACGCGAGCGUAAACGAGCUUCUCCGCCGCCGGCCGGUGGCCGAACACCAACGCCCGGCGGAGCCAAGACAGUAUCACAAGCACACAGCCAAACAUCCACGUCCCCGUCCUCCGUCUCCCCCCCCUCCACCCCUCACACACUUCACCUUUCCAAACACACGAGUCCCGGUUCUCUCUCACCACACCACAGCAGAACAGCAGCAGCAUCGAGAGACUGAGUGGACAAAUCUUUGUCACAGGAAAUAAAGAAAUAAAUAAAAGACAAAGACUUCUUCCCCCGUUUCCUCAUUUAACACAGUGCUUUUUUCUUUUUUUUUUAGAGCAUCAUUUUUGUGUUUGAUAUAAAGGGAAAAUGUAAUUGACUUCAGCUG